AUGGCAAGAGAUUUUACAAGUAUUAGUCCAAAAAUAAUGGGAGAUUGGAGUGGUCUUAUAACACCAUUCAAAGGUGAUUUUGAUAAAAAGAAGGCAAUUGAGGAAAUUGAUAAUUAUAUUGAGUCGGCGGAGGUGUAUGCCGCAGAAAUAAAUAAGGCAAUUGAUAACAAUCCAGCUCUAAGAGGAUGGAGAGAGAAAAUUAACAAUUCAAUUGUUUCAGAUGGUGCUAAUAAAUGGUUGACGAGAUUUACGCAACAACCAGGGCAAUGCGGCGGAUGGCACCGGACGGAUUACGAACUUGGAUGCUGCGAACCACCGCUUUACUUACGCUUCCUGAGGGCGGGAGCGGAUUUGGCCGAUGGUGGAGAUCUUGACACCCGCAUUCAAGCCAUUGGUGACGACGACGACUUACUAAUUAUUGCCGGACUAAAAAAAGCCCAGUUGCAAGCGGAAAGAACCCGAGUUCGGAAUGCCGGUUUAGCCGCUUGA